AUAGCUUGAAAUCAAAUCACUCAUUCCAAAAACUUUCUUCAUCACUCUCUCUAUACUUUUCCUUAGCAUUAAGACUUCUCCUCAUCCAUCAUCUCAUCUUCUUUUCACAUUUUGCAACAUAAAACAACAUCCAAAGACAAACCAAAACUUCCUCUUUUUUUCUUCAAUGGGAGACAACACAUCUCCUAACACCUCAAAAAAACAGAAAAAAGACACUGAAGUUCCACAAAACCAUGCAAAACAUACUAAGUUUUAUAACCAUUUUCUCUUCAAAGCUUCACUUCUUGUGAUUUUUCUUGUUGUGCUUCCACUUUUCACCUCAGAAGCUCCUGAUUUCAUCAACCAAACUCUUCAAACAAGAAGUUGGGAAGUUCUUCAGCUUAUAUUUGUUGGCAUAGCUGUUUCAUAUGGACUUUUUAGCAAAAAAAGUGAUGAAACAGACAAGGAACAACAUAACACAAAGUUUGAUAAUGCUCAAUCCUAUGUAUCAGGAUUACUUCAUGUCUCAUCUGUUUUCGAUGAUGAUGAUACCGAUAAUCAUGAUGAAAACAAAGUUCAAACUUGGAAUAAUCAGUACCAUAGAGGUAAAAAUCCUGUUGUAGUAGAAAACCAUAGCCUUAAUGCACAGAGAGCUACUAAUUCAAGAAUUGGCGAAAAGCCUCUUCUUUUACCUAUUCGAAGCUUGAAAUCGCGUGUUCUUGAUGAUCAUUCGGGAGAAAGUAAUGGAUUAAGUUCAAAAUCAAGAAAUGGGGAUUUUUUAGUGUCAAGUCCUAAGAAAUUGGUGGAGAGUUUAGAGGAAAAUGUUGUUCGUCCAUCGCCUAUUCCAUGGCGAUCAAGAUCAGCAAGAAACAUGGAAAUGAAAGAAGAUGGUGAUUUAGUUAAAAAGAUUGAACCUUUUUCUUUAAGGUCUCAAUCUUUUAGAUUACCUAAGAAUAGUAAUAACUCAAAUAAUUCCUCUUCACCAAGAACUCUUUCUCCUUCACAAUCAAGAAAAUUGUCCUUUUCACCAGAAUCACAAUCCAAGAUUGUUAAUGAAGAUGUAGUGAGAAAGAAAAGCUUUCGUAAAUCGAAUCCUCCUCCACCUCCACCACCACCGCCACCACCACCACCACCACAUUUCUUCUAUAAGAUGAGAUCAACCUCUAGUGUUACAAAUGACAAUGUAAUAUCAUCUGAUAAGGAAUUGAGGAGAAGCAUAAGGAGUGUGCCAAUGGGUGAAAAGGUCCAAACACCAAGAAAAGCAUAUUCAGCAACAACAACAGAGUUGAGGCCAUUCAUUGGAACAAAAGAAUUCACAUGUCCUGAAGAAGCAUUUAUAGGAACAACUGAUAAAAUGAUGCAUGAAAGUUACAACUUUUCGACAAGAUCAAGAUUUAUGGAAUUCCCAAAUGAAGAGAAGAAAGAAUAUGUUGAGAAAUUCCUUGUGGAAAGUGAUCAAGAGGACUCAGAGAGUGGUAGUGAAGAUUAUGAUUACUUUGAAGAAAACGCGGAGAAAACAGAAACUGAAACUCAGAGUGAUCAUGAAGGACCAGAUGUUGAUAAGAAAGCUGAUGAGUUUAUCGCCAAGUUUAGGGAGCAAAUUAGGCUUCAGAGAAUUGAAUCCAUAAGAAGAUCAGCAGGGCAAACUACAAGAAACCUUCUUUCUUAACAACAACAACCACGUCUGGGAAGAGUGAUGUGUAUGCAGUCUUACUCCGAGUGGAAGUAGAGAAAGUUAUUUUCGAUAGACUCUUGGAACAGGUAAAACAUAUCAAAAUCAGCAUGAAAGUGAAUACUAUAUAGUGAAGAAAACAUAUGACGGAGAAAAGCAAAUAGUACGAUAACUAGGGGUGGGCAUAAAUACCAGAAAACCGAAUCGAAUUGAAAAAUUUUGGUUUCGAUUCUUUUUUUCGGUUUGGUUUGGAGUUUGGUGUAAGGGUUCUGAAACUACGGUCCGAAGUUUUAUUAAAUAAA